AAUCUAAAAACUUUAAUUACUGUGACAAUGUUUUGUUUCCUAUUCUAUGUUUCCUCAACUGUUACUAGAUAAAUGACAAUAUCACAUUGUAUUUAGGCAGAUGCACAUGUUUAUCUUAUAGAUCGAUAGUUAGGCCUAUCAAUUAUUACUAUCGGUUCCAACACAUUUUUAGGCUGUGGAUUAGUGGAGCGUCUAAAGGCAUCACGGACAUUUUCUUUAAAGGUCUGACUUGAAAGGUCUGACAUGACUGAUUACGAAAACAUUCAUCAUUCAUGCAACACUCGAUUGACUUUAAGGGCAUCUCUCUUUUUACUGUUAGGUCAUUUCAACCCGGUUACACUCUAUAGCUCAUCGCCCAGAAAUGAGAAGAGCCUUGGUAACAAUGCAUCCGACGACGUGAACGUGUCGGUUAACGAUUCCAUCUAUACAUCCACACUGCCGCCUAGAUCUCCAGACAUUUGUCUCAAAUUCGACACCACAUCCUUGGGUGGCAUGUUCUUGAACUCUAUAAAUACUAACGACAGCGUCAAACAUAUGCUGGAAAUUUACGAGUUGGCAAUUUGGCAAUGUAUUUUAUCGACAACAGAGAGCGUCUAUCCAGAAGUUCGCUGGGAAAGGACAUGUUUACUUAUGGGGUCCACUAAGGACGAAAUUCACUUUACUUUAAGAGCGCCAAUGCAGACACGGACAGCCGCGUUCAGGAAUGUCACCUGCAUAAUCUACGGGCAUGCUUUCUUUCUGUUCAAAUUAGUCACCAUGGACAUUGAUAACUGCACUUUCUCCUGCUUUAUAGAGCACACAGCGAUUCAAAUAGAUGGAUCAGAGAAAGUCACACCCAUGGCUUCGUUUUCAGUCAAAGUAUUUGUCCAGGAUAUGUUUGAUCAAGACCUUGGCUUCUCCUUCGAGAGGUGGGGAUGCGCAAGGUACUUCCAAUUUAUUAAAAUUGUUUCGUCAGUUGGAGCAGUGUUGGCUGUGUCCAUCUACCUGGUCUGGUAUAAGAUUUAUCUGACCAGAAGUAAAGCCAAAGAGAGCAAAAAAAUUUCGAAUCCGCCAACACCCGUUGUACCCAUCGAAGUUUAACUGCCAACUGGGAUGGAAUUUUUUGUGAAACUUUAAAAUAAUUAAUAUCAUUAUUAUUUUCAAGUAUAAUUAUCAUUUUCUGACACUUUCACGAUCGAUUAUUUGAAACUAUAAUGAAACAUUGACUACUUAAAUAUUAGAAAGAUGUUUAAUAUUUGGCUGGUUCAGCACGCCACAUCCUGCCAACUUAAGUAUUUUGAAGCUAUCCGCUGAACUUGCAAUUCUAUUUUUUUCUUUCGUCACAGAGAAAUGUAUUCAUCUUUUUUUUUAAACUUAGUUUAAAAAAAGCAAAUUUCCCAUAUCAGACCUUGCAAUCUAUAAGGCAGGUGAUGUAAAGGUCAUCUGUUUCUGUGUCCCACAGUUAACGAGGGAAUUAUGUGGCCAACACAACGACCAAUCGCCUUUGCUAAUGCCAGGUACUCAUUAGAGCUGGGUGGACUCAGAGGCGCCCUAAAGAUCCCGAAAUUAAAAAUCCAAGUCUUCACCAGGGUUCGAAAUCGGAAUCCCGGUUCGGAAGUUAAGCGCUUUACCGCUCAGCCACCGCGCCUCAGUUUGUAAUAACUUAAAAAUAUUUGUUUACAUUUUAAUUGUCUUUAGAGAAAUGUAUUCAUCAUUUUUUUUAUAACUUAAAUCAAAAAUUGUACUAUAAUUGAGCUGUCAUUAGAGAAAUGUAUUCAUCUUUUUUAAACUCUUUAAUAGACAUUUGUAUUGCAUUUGAGUUUUCCCCAAGUUGUUAGCUGGAACCUAAUCGUAGAGCCAAAUGUGUUAAGUGAAAUGUGAUGGCGUUCAUAUUUUAUACCUCCUAAAUUGCUCGUUAUUUUGUUAAUAUACAUUUUGUAGGUAUGGAACGAUUUUUUUUUUAAACUAGGCGGCACAGCGCUGAUACUGCUGAUUGCCGGCAUGAUGACCCAGAGGUCAAUUUACGUUGACCAUCGCCUUAACUCUUUCUCUCCUAACUGACGAUACCAAUGUUGAUUCUAUCAGGACGUGUUAAAUAAUAACGGAGAGAAAGAGUUAAGCUCAGAAGAGAUUUGUUAAGUUAUUUAAAAAAAAAUUGUUAUCUAUUUUUAAACUUCAUCUGAGUGAGCACUUGAGAGGCUUCUAUUUUCCCGAAGCUCUAAAUGAAAACCCUGCUGUUGUGCCAAAUGCAUAGACAUGUAUUUUUACAUGCAAUGUGUAUUCCCUGAACUGUCAAUAUGGAAUUCGUCGGAUGGGACAGUCAAAAUGAAUACUAACUAGUUAAAUGUAAAAAGAACUUUUUAAAAAGCUCGUUUCUGUUGAGUGAAAUUGUAUCGAUUGAAUCUGUCAUGUAAUCCAUCGUUUGGGAGAAGCUUUAUUUCUGCAUUUUUAAAACAAAACAAAAAAUUGCUUAAGUUGGAAUUCAAACUCGAGACUCCUUGAUGGAAGACCAGAGUGUUUUGCCACUGAGCUUUUCAAGUACUUAUAAAAAAAGAAGUAAUUUUUAUAAAUUUUAUUGUUAGCUUAAAACUUUUAGCGAAUAACCUAAUUCUGUACAUUAACAGUUUAUUAAUGUAGUGCUUUUUCCAUAUAAAACAACAUAAAUUAAUUGCAACUAUAUCGAAUUGAUUAACUAGUGUUGUUUUUUCAUUGAUUCAUAUGUUUCCAUCGACAAUGAAGAAUUCACUAAGGUUUCAAUUUGAUCCGAGAAUGGGGAACAGGAGAAAUAAAGCGUACAGGAUUGUGCUCAGACAAACAGACAGAGCAGCUUGAUCUAAGCAAGACCGUUUUUUUUUUUUUUUUUACAAAAAUUAAUCAUUGAUUUAGUAACCGAAUUCGGUUGAACAUUUGAAUAAGAUAUUUUAUUUCGAGCUUAGUAAACACAACCAUUCAUAAUUAUGUAAUAAGUAAACAAUAAAGCCAUUUAUACUUAAUGCCAGUCCUUCGUUACACCCGAAAAUCUCUGUAGACUCAAUGCCAAAAAGUAAAAAAGAAACAAAAUAUGCAAGCUAAACGUAUCUAU